UUUUGUUCACACACACACAUGUACACAUGAUCUUUCCUUUCUCCUUAGAUAUAUGUAUCAUCAGAUCCUAUAGAUUUUCUAGAGAAAUACAAAGAUAGUUUGAUGUACAGAUAUGUUGAUUUUCACUUCAACUCAAUAAUACUAUUGGACAUUACACUACCCUUUCCUCAACCUGAAGCCACUCUCAGUACAACUAAUCUAACUGAAGGAGGAAUGAUAAUGAAUAUUAUAUCAAUAAAUGAAGAAGAUAAAAGAAAGAUACAAGUACAAGUUGAUAAGAGGGUAACAUUAGCUCAAUUGAAGGAGGAGCUAGUUCCACUGAUUGGUGUUCUACCUACUGGUUUUAGAGUGUACAGAAUCAGAAAUGAUGAAGAAUAUGAAAUGGAGGGACUGGAUGAGACAUUAAUGAAUAUCAUAUCUUUACCAAAAUUGAUAGUAAGACUGCAUGGAGCCAGAAUUAAAUUAUAUUUAUUACAAGUUAACGAUACAGACUUUUGUAAAUAUAUGAUGGAGUCUGUUGUUGCUGAGGAUACACCAGUGAGAGAAUUUAAGAAACAAAUUAUUUAUGGAGCAAAAGUACAAGGAAUUGACUGUGUCCUUAAAUUAGACAAAAUGAGAUUACGGGACAAGAGAGGAGUGUACCCUUGUAGAGUAUAUCUUGAUGAUCAGAUGAUUCAUGCUAUUGAGGGAAUAUAUUAUGUGGAACCAUUGAAAGGACCAGAGAAGAUGAAGCAUGAUACACAGAUACAGGUGUAUGUUAUAAGAUGGCGUCCAUCGCAAUGUUCAGUUGAUCCAAUAGAAGAAAUUUUACUGGACAAUGAUAAUGAUCUUAAGCAUGUUAUUGAAAAGGUAAUCAUGAUUUUAUCAUUGCACUGGAAUUUCAGUACUAAUGAUCUUCUCCUAACAUCUUCAGCACUUAAAUCUUUCUUAAGUACAACUUUAGUCCCUUCCACUUUAACAAGGUUAUCUUGGACCAGUGGUACCUCACUGGUAGCAGCUGCUAACUCGUCAUUGGUAGGAGCAACCUAA